GCCCCGUCCCGCCCCUCGCGGAGCCUGCGCGGAGCCGGCGGGGCCAUGGGCGGGCGGUGAGCGGCGGGAGCGGCCAUGCCGGUGCCCGAGCCCAUGCCCGGCUACGGGCAGCUGCUCCGGCGGGGCUACGGCAGCCUGGCCGGGGCCGUGCGGGGCUGCGGGGACUGCGGCUGGGAGCUGGCCCGCCGGAGCUGGGCCGAGAACGCGCACCUGGGCUGGGCCGAGCUGCUGCUGUGCGGGCUCUGCGCCCUGGGCUGGACCGCGCUGCGCAGAACCGCCGCACGAUGGGUGUUUCGGCCCUUUGCGGAGUGGUGCAACCUGCAGCCGAAAGAUGCCGCCAAGAUGCCCGAGAGUGCCUGGAAGCUGCUUUUCUACACGUUAUCCUGGUCGUAUGGCAUCUACCUGCUCUUCUUCACCGACUACCCCUUCUUCUAUGACCCACCGUCUGUCUUUUAUGACUGGAAGAAGGGCAUGGACGUCCCCACGGACAUCGCCAUCGCCUACCUGUUGCAGUGCAGCUUCUACGGGCACUCCAUCUACGCCACCGCCUACAUGGACACGUGGCGCAAGGACUCGGUCGUCAUGCUCCUGCACCACGUGGUCGCGCUGACCCUCAUCGCCUUCUCGUACGCGUUCAGGUACCACAACGUGGGCAUCCUCGUGCUGUUCCUGCACGACGUCAACGACAUUCAGCUGGAGUUCACUAAGCUCAACGUCUACUUCAAGCACCGCGGGGGAGUCUAUCACCGCCUCAACGACAUCAUCUCCAACAUCGGCUGCCUCACCUUCAGCGUCAGCUGGUUCUGGUUCCGUCUCUACUGGUUCCCCCUCAAGGUGCUCUACGCCACUUGCUACUCCAGCCUCCAGUUGGUCCCUAAUAUCCCCUUCUACUUCUUCUUCAACGCUCUGCUCCUUCUCCUCACUCUGAUGAACAUCUACUGGUUUCUGUACAUCGUCCUGUUCGUGGCCAAGGUGCUGAUGGGGCAGAUGAAAGAGGUGAACGACGUGCGCGAGUACGACGUGGAGGUCAGGAAGAAAACCGCCACGGCCAAGAAGAAAGAGGCUGGACUGCAGCUGCCCAGCGCUCUGAAAGAAGGGCUGCACCUGAAGAAUGGACUUAUCAAAGACAAGCGGUUAUAAGGGACGCGCGGCCGGACCUGGGCACUGACCCAGGACUCUGCACUCAAACCCAGCGAACAAACGGCACACGGAGAAAGAAAUUCACCCCCGACACCCCCGCACCCCCACCCAGCACUGGGGGAGAUGCCACUGACAGGAUCAGGCCCCUGCUGGGGUUCACCUGGGACCUGGUGCUUUUUCUGUAGCCGGUCUGUGCUGGGUCAGCUGGGAGGCUUUGCUGGUCCAGGUAGGAUUUGGAGCUGGCUUUAGGUCCCUCUGUCGCUCCAUCCCUCAGCUCUUCUCAGUCCCUUUGUGGUUUCUCCUGUCGUUAUUGUUGGACCCCCCACCGACCCUUCCUCAGCAUCAGUGGAGGUUCCUGUCCUCCGACACAGCAUCAAACUGGGGAGGGAAAUGUCCUCUCAACAUCGGAACCGAUGGAAUCCCGGGCCCGGGACUGCAGCGGUGACACAGAGCACCCCGAGCCCUCUCGGGAACGGGGCUGCCACUCGCCUGGGGACACAGCGCAGUUCCCAUUGCAGCUCUGCCUGGAAACCCAGCCCUGGAGCGUUAUUCCGGCCUCCUGUCCUGCCAGAGGAUGGCCAGGAGAUGUAAUUUGCUUUAAAAGCCUAUUUAAUUCUUCUAGUUGCUUCAAAAUCCAGUCCGAGUCCCGCAGGCUCUGCUGCUGAGGGACCUCGAGGCUCUUGCCCCAGCUGUGGCUGCUUGUCCAAGUAAAUAACAACUAGUUUGUGCUCCCCGGGUUGGUUUUCCAGGCGGCGCCGGCCUGGCCGGGUCACCGAGGCUGGCCCGGGUGUCUCUGCAGGGAAUCCCCGUGCAUUUUCCAGUGUCCCAGACCAAGACCGUCCCGUCGCUGUCCUCUCUCAGGGCUGGGACCCUCCGCUCCUGAGCCCUCCCUGGGGAGCGGAGCUCCUGCCCAGCCGGGGCCGCCAGGCAGCACAGGGGGAUCCAGGGCAUUCAUUCCAGGCAUCAGAGGCUGGUUAAUUGUUGGUUUUUUGUUUUGUUUUGUUUUUUCCUUUUAUUUUUGUGUCUGUCACACUGACUCAUCUCCAGGCUCGCUGUGUCAGCCACAGGCAAAUUGCCUCGCUGAACAGAACACAAAAUGUGACUCGGGCUGAUGGAAACUGGAGCCGUGGCAGGAUCCGUCACCUGGGCGGGUUCAGAGGGGGCGUCCUGGUGCUUUAGUUCCUCGGCUUUCCAGUGGGAUUUGCAAGAACCACUAUCCCAGGUGUCUUUCUGCUCGGCUGGGGCAGCGACGGUGCGGAGUUUGGUGGCAGCGGUACGGAGUCUGUGUGGGUAAACUCAGUUUUACGGCCCCAGCCUGCCCAGGGUUUCCCAUUUGGCUGUGUGUGUGAUGUGGCUGUGCCGCCCGCGGUUUGGCUGUGGUCGUGCUGGUGGCUUUUCGUGUCCCGUGGGCCGGGCGGCGUGUGCGGCCGGGAGCUGAACCAGGGUCUGAGGGUUCGUUGAGCUGGGUUUUGAUGAGCUUGGGAGAGAGAUGUUGGAUGCUGUGAUUGGAAAAGGAAGAAAAAUAAGUGAUUUGGAGGAGGGACCCUGCUCUGGGUGGGAUGUCCACAGCAGGUAGGAGCAGCGCUUGACCGGCUGGCGUCUUUAUGUCGGGGAGAUCAUCUCAUGUCCUUCUAGCCACCGAGGACUUUGCCGGACCUGGAUGAUGUGGAGAUGCGGGAAGGGGCAGCUGCCUCAAAGGGUUAACAGGUCCUGGAGGGACCUUCACACCCUCUGCCCAAUCCUGGGAAUCCCUGUGUGCUAAUUGAGCACUAACCAGAUCAAAGGCUCCAAUCAGGCAAUCAACACCCCCCUGGCCCCUUGUCUUAGUCCCCAGCCCAGGCUGCUCUUUGUCUGGGGAAGGAGAGCAGAGGAUGCGGCUGCUCCCCAGCUUUAGAGCCGGGCUGGCCUGGGCUCUCCUGAGCGCCGUUCUGGGGAUGGAGUUAAGCCUGCAGGAAAGUUUACUGUUAAAAUCCUUGGGUUUAAGUGCCAAGCCCAGCCCGAAAAGCCCCAUUCCUGUGCCCUCGGUGCUCUGGCGGAUCUUUCAGAAGAGAAAAAUGCUGCCUGCUCCAAACAAAGACCCGGCGGAUGCUUGUAGGGUGGAGGAGUUUAAUGUCCCUGGGAACAUCAUCCGUGUCUUCGCUGACCAAGGUACAGGAAGGCGGUGGUUUGGUCCUGUCUUUUGGAAGCCCCUCUGCUCUCUGGGCUGGGAGGCUCGGCUGCAGUUCUUCCUUUUCUGUCUCUGGGGUGCAGGUAGGACGGGCUGGGGGGCAGCAGCCAGAACCGGUGUCCAGAUCGCUGCUGCCUGAACUCUGGUGCCUCUGGAUGUUGUCGAUGACAUUUUACAGUUCAGAAACGAGUCAGUGAUCGAGGCAGCGGGGGAGGGUGUGGGGCUGUGGCCGGGUCUGUCCUGGAGUCGCCCAAAGCAGUUGGGAGAUGCUGGUUUGAGCCCUUGGGCUCGCGGCGGCGGCUCCUCCGUCCCUUGGGCGCAGCUCCGGGUGGGACGGGAUGACGCCCGUGUGGCCGUGUCCCCCCCCGUGCUGUUUGUCCCCUCGCCUCUGGCUGCCCACACGGCACAUCUGGCUGCCUCUGGCCUCUCUGAGCCGUUCUCAGUUACGUGGGAGCUGUUUGGUCGGUGUCCUCUCCAUCCGGAAACACUGGAGCUCGCUCCUCUCAUCAUUCCAGGUUUCCAAUGGAAACCUAGAGCUGGAUUCAACCGGCAGCUGCCCAGCUCUGAAAAUUCGCUGCUAUUUGCCCUCCUUUCCCCUCCACCCCAACGGCCAGCACCCCCAACACCCCCAUACUGGGGGGAGAUAUUUGCAACUGGGGGAAAAAUAACUUGCCAAGAUGUUGAGUAGCGGAGCUGCUGGAGCCCAGGCUGGUGCUGGUGCCUCUCUGAAGGCUGCGCCAUCAGGCCGAUAGAUCUUCCUGCAUCGUUGUCACCUCCAUCUAACAACCGUGGGCAUCCUCGGCUCUGUCUGUCCCAUCUUCCUCUUGCUGUGCAGCCAAGAGCUGAAGCUGGAGCCCUGAGAAGCUGAUCCUGCUCAGCACAACAGGCUCCCACCACCACCACCUCUAUCUCUCCUUCUUUGCCAGGCCACUUCAUCCACAGCACGCAGCCCCCACGGCUGCUGUGUCUGCAGAAGCGUCUGUACUUUAACCUCUCGGUGCUGGAGGAGGACGAGAGCUUGACGAUGGCUCAGCUGGAGGUCAAAUUCAGCCACAACUCCUACCACGCCUCCAGCCAGCGGCAGGUGUUCGAGCUGCGGCUCUACCGGAGCUCCCAGAUGGUUCUCCGGGGGGUGCCCUCCCCGGAGCGCGGCCGGAAGCUCCUGGUGGGACAGUCCUUCGCCCAGCUGCACCAGUCGCUUCUCUUCAACCUGACCGGGGUGGCGAAGGAGUGGAGAACGCACGGCAGGAAUCUGGGCUUGAUCCUGGAGAUCUCGGUGGGCGGCGGAGACGCCGCGUCGGCCCCGACGAGCGAGGGGCUGCGGAACGUCUGCGCCAGCGUGGACGCCUUCCUGGCCGCAUCUCUCCUGGUGGUGACCCUCAACCCGCAGCAGUGCGGGGCUGCCCGGAGCAGGAGGAGCGCUCAGCACCCCCCCGUCACGCCGAGCAACCUCUGCAAACCCCGGCGGCUUUACAUCAGCUUCAGCGACGUGGGCUGGGAGAACUGGAUCAUCGCCCCGCAGGGCUACAUGGCCAACUACUGCCUGGGCGAGUGUCCCUUCCCGCUGACCGCCGAGCUCAACAGCACCAACCACGCCAUCCUGCAGACCAUGGUGCACUCGCUGGACCCCGAGGGGACCCCCCAGCCCUGCUGCGUCCCCGUCAGGCUGUCCCCCAUCUCCAUCCUCUACUACGACAACAACGACAACGUGGUGCUGCGGCACUACGAGGACAUGGUGGUGGAUGAGUGUGGCUGCAGGUAGCGGAGCUGCCGGGGGUUGCGUGCGCUGGGGGGUUGAUGGAAUAAAUGUGAGUGUGUUAAAUCCCCUCUGUGCUGGUGUUCGGGAAGGUUCUCGGCGGUGCGGUGUUGGAGCUCCCCCCGCGCAGGUGAGGGCAGGAAGGGAUGGUUAGUGGAGCUGUGAUUUUGCGUGCGCGGCGCUGCAGGUGUCCUGUUCUGGGAUUAUGAUCAAGCCUGAUGCUGGUUUUCCGUCCCGUUCUCCUCGGGGAGCGGGGCAGCAGGUUGUGAAUCCCAGACCCCGUGUGCUGCUCCCGGGAGCAGCGGCAGGGCUUGUGCUGUCUGGCGUUGUUUUGGCUGCAGCUUUCUCGGUGCAAAAAUAAUUGAUUUUUGGUGUGGUGACCCGCUGCUGGUGGUUCCCGGGCACAGCGUCCCGCUGCAGGAGGUGACACGGCGGCUCCGGUCCGGCUGCGGGAAGAGCUGACGGUGUCACGGGAAGAGCUGCAGCUGCGGCUCCCUGUGACUUUGUCCCUUCUCGCUAUGGCUUUGUUUGCUGGUUUUAUUGCACGGUGGGUGACGUGGAGGUGCUGGGAACGCCGGGUCGAGGGGCCGUCGCUGCUGACGGAUGGUUUGGGUGAAGCGGAGGGGAUGCGGUGCCCCGCUGCAGAGGUGGGGACAGGGCGAGUCAGCGGCAUCUUGUUCCUGUGACUCUGUAAUUAAUUUACCUCACUUGCAAAUUGAUGAGAGCAGGGUCCCUCCCCGCGGCUGCAGGACAGGGCUGGAGCCGGAUGGCAGCUGAGCGUGGGGCGGCAGCAGCUCCACAGCGACGCAGCCCCACACGUUCAUGUGCUUCUGCAGUUUAGGGGUUUAUUUUUUAAAAAUUCAUUGUGUGUUGGUUUUUUUCAUCAUCAUUUUUUCUGUGUUCGCUGGUGUGCUGGCCGCGGUACCCGGCCCAGCGCAGCCGAGCGUGGAGCGAGUGUUCAAUGCCGCUAACCCGAGCUGUAGCCGCGCGGUGCCGAACGGACCCAAAUUUGCGCCAUCGCGGGUGAUCCCAGCGGAGGAAUCGCUGCUGUUCUCCCACCUGCCGAGGCGGGUGCUGGCCCUGGGGAAGGCAGCUGAAGCUCCUGAAGGCAUCCUGGCUUUCCUGUUUUGGUUUUUUUGGGGGGGGAACUAAAGUGGGAACAGAAAAGGAAUCCAUGUUAGACUUGAAAUUUUUCUGGUUUUCUUGGUGUGUUUUUUGUGUUUAUUUUUUUUCCAACUGUGAACCUGGCACCACAGCGUAGAUGAUUUUGUUGUUGUAAUUUUUCUUUAUGCUGAUGUUGUCUUCAUGGUCUGAUGAAGUAUCACCGAGCACUGAGGGUUUAACCACUGCUGGGUUUGCAGCACCAGUGUCUCCCCGUCCCUGGGACUGGUUUUUGCUGCCCCUGGGUAGGAACCGAGACUGGAGGAGCCCGAGGGACAGUUGUCGUGCACCAAAACGUUUCCAUCUCCCCGUGGGGACACGCAGUGAGCUCCGCAAAGCCCUGCAGGUAAACCGAGCUCUGCAAAGCCCUGCAGAUAAACCGAGCUCCGCAAAGCCCUGCAGGUAAACUGAGCUCCGCAAAACCCUGCGGGUAAACCCGAGCUCUGCAAAACCCACUUGAAGCACUUCAGUGUUUUAAAGGGCUUAGUGUAGGAGUUGACUUAACUAAAGCAGGAGCUGCUUAUUUCAACUUUAAAUGGGCAAGAGUGAAUAAAAUAAAGUAUUAUGUUGGGGGGCAACUGUCCCCCCCGCAGGCACCAAGGGGAGGUGGGUGACAGCCAUGACCGGACAUGGGGACAUGUUCUAAUGGACACGGGGGUGGUAAGACGAGGCCUAAAGUGUGCAGCAGGCGCUAAGCCACGCCUGGGGCGGUCUUGGCUUUGCUGAGCCAGCGCCUGCACCAGGUAAAAGCCACUUCUGUUUCCUGCAGCAGGAGCCGCCCCUGGGCGCAGCCUUAGACCUCCUGCCGCUCAGCAUCGUCUCCAUCGGGGGGUUCAUCUGCUCCCCCAUGUCCGCUAUGCACACCCCCCACUUUUGUACUAGUCUGUGUUUAAAAAAAAACAGUAAUAAACUUGAAGUUUAUACAAUCAGA